CGUGAUGAUUUGGCUAUACCGGACAGCAUUGAGUUGUCACGAAUCAUGAUGAUAGUAGAUGGUUGUGCUUAUCAUAUAUUUCGGUCCUAGAGAAAAUUACUCGGAUAGCCAUUAUCGUAAACACCCUGAGCCUCCGGAGAAGGUCUCUCGUUUUCAACUUUCGUUGAGAUGUCGGAAUCGGAUACUAACAUUGACAUUGUGGCGGUAGGCCAGCCGUCUAACAAGAAGAGAAAAUAUUCUCAUAAAUUCCGUGAAGAAUAAAAGACAAAAUAUUCAUGGAUUGAAGUCAGCAAGAAAGGAGCCUACUAUUUCUUUUGUAAAGUGUGUGCAAGUGAUUAUUUGGCAGGAAUUUCAGCAAUUCGUAAACACGAGAAUUCCAACAAACACAAAAGUAAUUGCAAAUUAAUAAAAUCCCAAGUUUCUGUUUUGCAAAUGCCAGCUGUAUCAUUGUUUAAAACCAAAGAAAAGCAGCUUAAAACUUCUGAAUUAAGAUUGGCAUCGUUUGUCCUCGAGCACAACAUAUCUUUUAAUGCAGUUGACCAUUUGAUAAAUAUUGUGCGUAACCUUCCUUCCGAUUCAGACUUCUUAAAAGAUAUGUCGUGCAACCGCACGAAGUGCAUUGCUUUAGUUAAGAAUGUACUUGGCAAAGAAAGCCUCCAAAAUCAGGUAAUAAUGAUGAAAGAAAAACAUUUUUCAAUCAUUAUCGAUGAAUCAACUGAUGUUGCUUCAAUCAAGAGUUUGGCGAUCUGUGUAAGGUAUGUUGUUAACUGUCGACCUAAGGAUAAUUUUUUGCAUUUGUUGCCUGUUCCUGAAGCGAAUGCAACUACCUUACACAGCACAUUGAUCGCAUUUUUCCACGAACAUGAGAUAGAUUAUAAAUCAAAAAUGGUUGGUUUUGCUGCUGAUGGAGCAAGCGUAAUGAUGGGCCACCAUCAUUCAGUACAAGCUUUACUGAAGAGAGAUAUUUCCAAUUUGAGGGUUUUCAAAUGUAUUUGCCACUCUUUAGCUUUAUGUGCUUCACAACCCUGCACAAAAUUGCCAAGAACACCUGAAACACUAUUGCGCGAAAUUUAUUCGUACUUUAAGUACAGUUAUAAAAAAAUCAGCCAGUUUAAAGAAUUUCAGGAAUUUGUAGAAGCACGCCCUCACAAAAUUUUGCAUCCAUCCCAGACCCGAUGGUUGUCUUUGUACUCUUCAGUAAAAAGAAUUUUGGAGCAGUACAACGCUUUAAUUCUUUUCUUCAGAAUGGCAGCCUUCGAAGAGAAAAACCAGCAAGCUGAACACAUUUUUGAUAAACUUACCGAUCCUUUAAUUAAGCUUACAUUUCAGUUUUUAAAGUUUGUGUUGCCCCUUUUUUGUGAUCUCAACUUGUUGUUCCAGGCCGAGUCAUUUCAGUUGCAUAAUAUAUAUCAAUCCAUGUAUACCACGUAUGUUACAAUAUUAGAAUUUUUUAUAAAACCUGACUUAAUUAAAGUAGACCCUCUUGGAAUAAAUUAUAAUGAUGCCCAAAAUUAUCUGUCAUUGGAUGAAAUUUAUCUUGGUGGGGAAGUGACGGCGGUCCUUAUUGACAAUAGUUGCAAUAUAAACGCGGAGUCAUUAGUUGUUUUUAAAACAAACUGCCUACACUUUUACAUUGAGGUUUUAAACCAAAUCAACAAACGGUUUCCAUUUGACUCAGAAUUUUAUAAGGGUUUGAAGGAAUUGGGUUUUCUCAAUCCUGCAAACAUAUCAGGCACUAAGAUCCCACCAAACACCAAGUUACAUGUAACGUACCUGUUAGUUGUAAUUUCCCACUCAACAAUGUAAUUGUAAUAUAACACGUGUGCAAUUAUAUUAUUGAGUGGGAAAUUACAACUAACAAGCACGUUACAUGUAACUUUGUGUUUGCUGGGAUCAUAGCUACAACAGCAAAGUUUUUCAAAAAUUUUGUUAUUGAUAUAAACCUCUUAGAUAGGGAAUUUUGUUUGUUGCGCAAUCAAACAGAUUUAGACUUUUCCUUGAGCGUUGAAUUAUUUUGGGGUAAAGUUUCCACUUUAAAAACAGCUAACAAUACUCCCCUAUAUCCAAAUAUGAUUCAUUUCGUUUCAGGAUUGAUGACAUUGCCUCACAGCAGUGCAUCAGUCGAACGAAUUUUUAGUGCAGUAAAUUUAAAUAUAACUAAACAAAGAAAUAGACUGUCCACUGAGACAAUUAAUAGUAUUCUCCUUGCUAAGCAGUUAAUAAAAGAAGAUGGAAAUAGCUGCUUUAAUUACAAUAUUUCUGAAAGCAUGUUGGCAAAAUUUAAUAAUAGCAUUUAUGAAUAAGUAUUUUGUUCAAAACCUUAAUGAGAUUAUUUAUAUUUGUUCCUAGUAUUGUUUAUAAAGAAGGGAGCGUUCCAGAUGCGCACAAAUCGAAACGGACACCACCAAUCAGAUUGCUGAGUUAGUUAGAGUUAGGAUAAAUUUAUAGAAUUUGAUUGAUGGUGUCCGUUUCGAU